AUGACAAACUGUAGUAGUGACUCACCUGUUGCAUUGGUGUUUGUAAUGGAUUCCAACAAUCUAGGUGGUAGUAGUUCGAGACCUAGAAGAUUUUUUUUACUUUACAUCGUUGCCAAUAUUUUUUCACGAGGUGUGAUAAAAUGUUUUCAGGAAUUGCAGUACGCCUUUAUCGUGAAAAUGUGGCGAACACUUUUGCCGACUUUGAUUCCAAUGCUGGUGAAUGCCAAAAUGGAUUGUUCAAAAACUGAGUAUGAUAGAUGCAUACGAAUAGCUGAUCCUUUGGUUAAAGAAGCCCAUUUAGUUUUUCCGGAUAAUUUAAAUGACAUAGAUUUAGUUUGCAAUACGUGGAAUCAGUUUGUAGAUUGUUUAAAGGAAUAUACAGAUGAAUGUUUCACAGACCAACAGAGAAGACAGUUUAAUAGGGCUGUGGAGAGUCCAAUUGAAAGCGUACAUGAAAUGUGUACUCAACCUACCUAUCAAAAAGGUAACUUUUACAUUCUGAAUUGA